AUGCUGUCCCUGUGGAAAUUCGCUUUGCUUGCUCUGCCUGUCGCGCGGGCCUCUCCCGCCUUAAAGAGAGACAGCGAUCCUACAGUCACCAUCUCGCACCCGGAAGCCACGAUUGUCGGCUCAUCCGGCUCCAACAAGAUCGACAGCUUCAAUGGCAUCCCCUUUGCCGUGGCUCCAACGGGAUCUCUUCGGUUGAAGCCACCGCAGCCAAUCCAGACAUCGCUGGGUACUGUGAAGGCAACGGGACUAGCCAAGUCCUGCCCCCAGUUCUUCUUUAGCACCGACAAGGACAACCUCCCCACCGCAGUCUUGGGAGAGCUAUCCAACAUCCCGUUGUUCCAGACAGUCACCAAUACAGGAGAAGACUGCUUGAAUAUCAACAUCCGCCGCCCCUCCGACACAAAAUCGGACGCCAAAUUACCCGUGCUCGUGUGGAUCUUCGGCGGUGGCUUCGAACUAGGCUCGACCACGAUGUAUGAUGGGGCUAGCCUAGUAGCAGACUCGGUGGAUUUGAAGAUGCCGAUCAUUUUCGUGGCCAUCAACUACCGCGUGGGCGGUUUUGGAUUCCUGCCGGGGUCGGAGGUCCUGAAAGACGGUUCCGCCAACCUGGGCUUACGCGAUCAGCGUCUGGCGCUGGAGUGGGUUGCUGACAAUAUUGAAGCCUUUGGGGGUGACCCGUCUAAGGUGACCAUCUGGGGCGAGUCGGCGGGGUCCAUCUCCGUGUUUGACCAGAUGGCUCUGUACGACGGCAACAACAAAUAUAAUGGGUCGCCGCUGUUCCAGGGUGGCAUUAUGAACUCGGGCAGCAUGGUACCCGCGGAUCCUAUCGAUGGCAAGAAAGGACAAGCAGUUUAUGAUGCCGUUGUGAAAGAUGCAGGCUGCAGCAAGGCCGACGAUACCCUCGACUGUCUCCGCAAACUGGACUAUGAUAAGUUUUUGAACGCGGCCAAUUCAGUUCCGGGCAUUUUAGGAUACAACUCAGUUGCCCUCUCCUAUCUUCCACGACCGGAUGGCAAGGUCUUGACUGAUUCACCCGACAAGUUGGUGAAACAUGGCAAAUACGCCUCGGUGCCUUUCAUCGUCGGUGACCAGGAAGACGAGGGCACGAUCUUUUCCUUAUUCCAGGCCAAUCUGACCACCACCGACGACAUUGUCCAGUACUUGAAGAACCUCUUCUUUUUCAAUGCCAGUGAACAGGAUCUCAAAGAUCUGGUUGCAGCCUAUCCUGAUAUUAACAAAUAUGGCUCGCCAUUCCGCUCUAGCAUUCUCAACAACUGGUACCCACAAUACAAGCGCAUUGCAGCUAUUCUGGGUGAUCUGACAUUCACCAUCACCCGUCGGGCCUUCCUCACGCUGGCCAGGAAAGCUAAACCCGACGUCCCGGUCUGGUCGUAUCUCUCCUCAUACGACCAUGGCACGCCGAUCCUAGGAACUUUUCAUGGCAGUGACAUCUUACAGGUGUUUUAUGGGAUCAAGUCGAACUAUGCCUCUAAGUCUAUUCACUCAUAUUACCUGUCAUUUGUGUACGACCAAGAUCCGAACUCCCGGGCCAAAGACUUUAUGAAUUGGCCACAGUGGGGCUCCAAUCAGACGCUGAUGAAUUUCUUCAAUGACCACGGGGCGUUGAUUGCCGAUGACUUUCGGCAAAAGACCUGCGACUUGAUCAUGGACAAAGUGGCCUCAUUCUAUAUCUAG